AUGUGUAGCAGGUGUACUAUCUGCGAGCACAACCAGGAGGUGGAGAACCUGUUUGUGAUUCUGUCGGCGGUCGUUCUCCUGGGAGAUCUGCGCUUCGCGCCGACGGGCGAGCACGAGACGGCCAGCGUGUCAGACCCGCGUCUGCUGGAGAACGUGUCAGAGUUGCUGCAGGUAGUCCCGGAGGACUUGUGGUGCGCCCUGACGUCCGACGUCCGGUACUCCACAGGUGACGUCGUCACGAGGCGGCACGCGGCAGACACGUCGAGUCUCUGCAGGGAUCUGCUGGCAAAGUCCCUGUACGGCCGCGUCUUCAGCUACCUGGUGAACCACGUCAACUGCUACCUGCAGCAAGAGGAGGCGGGGCUUGGGGAUCCGGAACUUGAGAUCGGAAUCCUGGACAUCUUUGGAUUCGAGGAAUUCUGGAGAAAUGGCUUUGAGCAGCUCUGCGUGAACAUGAGCAGCGAGAGGCUCCGGCAGCACGUCACCGAGGUGCUGUUCCUGCAGGAGCAGUCCGAGAGCCUGCGGGAGGGGGUCGCUAUGGAAACGCUGCACUCUCCAGGCAACCAGCCCGCGGUGCUGGACUUCGUUUUCCAGGAACCUCAGGGUCUUCUCUUGGUUUUGGAUGAGGAGAGCCAGGCUCAGCAACCCAAUGAACAAAACCUGUACAAGAAGAUUCAGGCUCAGCUGGAUGCAGCUAAUGGCAACAGCAUCAAUGCCAUCUCCCUGACAACCAAGGAUGGCAACGGCAACCCCCCGCCUCAGGACCAGGGCCCAUCCUUCACUGUCAGGCACUACGCGGGCAAAGUAACCUAUGAUCUCACCGGCUCAUUGGAGAGAAACAAGGACGCUCUGCCUCAAAACCUCCUCUUUCUCAUGAAAUCCAGCGAGAAUGUGCUCGUCCAUCAAGUGUUCCGGUCCAAACUGACCCGGACCGGAUUGCUGGUCCCGUCGCGACACCACCUCAGGCCCCGGGGGUCCUCCGCAGCUCCCAAACCCACCCCUCUCCUCCCCUCCGUGGGCCAGGACCCAAAGAACAUUCUGGAUCUGAGGAGGGUCUUGCGGAUGGAGGGAGGCUCGUCCCUCCUGCAGGGGCAGGAGCGCUACGGACCUGCGACCAUGGCGGUCCAGCUCAGGAACUCUCUCUCCGAGAUCAGCGCCAAGCUGCGGGCCGGCGCGCCUCACUUCGUCCAGUGCGUCAAGCCCAACGGCGCCCGGCGGCCCGAGUCCUUCGACCGGUCCCACGUCUCCGCCCAGCUGCAGUACGUGGGGGUCCUGGAGAUGGUGAGGAUGAUCCGGUACGGGUAUCCGGUUCGGCUGCCAUUCGCUGGGUUCCUGGCCCGAUACAGGGAGCUGGUGGAAACCACGCUGGGUGACCAGAGCAACCUGCCUCCUGAGGAGAAGUGUCAGCUCAUCCUACAGAAAUGCCAGCUCCAGGGAUGGCAGAUGGGCGGGACUAAGGUGUUUCUGAGGUACUGGCAGGCUGACCAUCUCAGUGACCGUUGCCAUCAGUUACACCGGAGGAUUGUCUUUUGCCAGAAAGUGGUUAGGGGCUGGCUGGUGCGAAGGAUGAGCGAUUCCCAGCGGGAGGCCUGCAGUAUCCAGCGUUUCCUGCAGGGGGCAGAAGACCAGGGACUGCAGGCCUACGACAGUCUGGUCAUCCAGAACGCCUCAGACAUCGCCCGCGAGAACGACCGUGUCCGCAACGCGCUGAACGGCUCCCACGCCGCAGAGAGGCCGGAGCCCCUGGGCAAGGAGGAGGAGCCACUCAGCCGGGCCUCGGAGUCGAGCGGAAGGGUCCAGGACGGCGUCGCUGGGGGGGGCCGGCUGAUCAGGCAUUACCGCAGCAGCUCCGGGCCCCUCCCCCUCGCCCUGGAGAACUUGGUACAGUCCGCCGCUGCGUCGUCGAUCAAGACGGCCUCCCGAGAGCCGGCCAGCGAGGACGGGGGAGGCGGCGGCAGCAGCAGCCUGCCAUCGCCACGGAAACAGCCCCCCCCAAAACCCAAGAGGGACCCCAGCACCAGGCUGAGCGCCUCGUACGAGGCCGUCAGUGCCUGCCUGGCCCUGGGCCUCAAAGAGCCCCCCGUGGAUGAGCUUUCCAAGCCUCGGCCGCACAGCGACGACUACACCGCCAGGAAGGUCCCGCCCCCGAAACCGAUACGCAGCCCCAACACCAAGCUGACGGGCUCGUUCGAGGAGAUCUGCCCCCCGCGCCCCACCGAGAUCAAGCUGUCCUGCGUCUCCAAGGGGGGGCCCGGCUCGGGGCCCCACUGCGGUGUGUUCAGCCUCUACCGCCCCCCGGAGGAGGACGAGGUGUACAUCGAGAUGGCGGCAAGCUCCAAGACCGCCACCGCCCCUGCCGCCACCGCCGAGCCGGGUGAGGCCGUCUACGAGGAAAUGAAGUAUUUCCCACCGGAGGCCGCAACCGUGGUGACGAAGGCGGCUCUGGCCAAUCGCGUGGCGUUCUCUCCUCCCCAGACUCUGGAGAUCAGGAAGCCGUCGGAGUACCUUCCUGUCCCGGGCGCUCGAGAGAUCCCGCCCCCCUUCCCCAACCUACUGCCCCACCGGCCCCCCUUGCUGGUGUUCCCCCCGUCCCCCCCGGCCCGCUCCCCCACCUCGGACGAGUCCCCCCUCACCCCUCUGGAGGUGAAGAAGCUGCCGGUUCUGGACACCAGCCUGAGCUACCCGGCGCAGAGUGAGGGGAGCAGCCCGAUCUCGCCCCAGUACGCCCGUCAAAGGGCCGACUCCUCCCCCAGCCUGUUCGCGUUCAUGCCAGACAAAUCCACCCCGCCCCUCACCCCUCCCCCGUCUCAGGCCCCGCCCCCUUACCGACCCCCCUCCCACUUCUCCUUCCCCCCCGAGGGGCCGUUGUUGACCCGUGGGGGGUCCCUGUCCUCCGACUCCCCCAGGCUGUCCCAGAGGGGUCACCAGGGUCCGGAGGAGCCCCCCCUGGGUCCCGGCAGGCCCCCGUUCUCCCCCGUGAAGACGGGGCGUCCCGAACCCCGACGGGCGCACUCCUGCUCCUCCUCCCCGCUGCUCUUUAACCCCGCCUCCUCCCGCCCCCUCACCAGCCCCCUGGACGAGCUCACCACCCUGUUCAGCGCCGGCCGCACCCUCCUGCGCAAGUCGCCCGCCGGCAGGAAGAUCCGCGAGUCGGGGUUCAACUCCAACAUCAACCUGUCGGGACGGGAUGAAUCUGGCAUGACCUCGCCCUCCCCCCAGCUCCAGGACAAGAAUGCGAACAACCACGCCGCCCCCCACCACCACCACCCGCACCUCCACUGCCCCCUGCUUCCCGAGAAUGGCAACCAGCUCUCCAACGGCUCGCUGGAAGAUGAGGGUCAUCCCAGGUUGAAUGUCUCUGCGACUUCUUCCCUCCACAGACACCUGGAUAGCCAUCACAGCCAGGUGACGCCGCAGAUGAGGCUGUCGCAGAAGAGCGCCGCCCUGCAGGAGCUGCUGGAGUGGCGCAGGACUGACUGGCAGCGCCUGCUCCACGCCGUGGAGCGUGAGCCUGGCUCCACCCCUCCCCCGCUCUGCAAGAACAGCUCCGGCUUCCCGUAACGGUCCCUCUUUCAGCCAAUCAACAUUCACCUGCUGGUGCUCUGCCCUCUCUCUCUCGCCUCUCUCUCCCUCUCACUCCUCUCUCUCUCACCCGCCUGACUCUUACUCUUCUCUUUCUUUCCCCCCCUCUCCCUCUUCUCUCUCCCUUUCCCUCAUUUGCCUCUCCCCCUCUGUCUCCCUCUUUCUCUCUCCUCUUCUGUCCUCUCUUUCUCUUUCUCUCUCUCCCUCCCUCCCUCUCUCUGUCUCUGACUCCAAGCCAAAUACUGUGAGAGGCGCAGGUGGUGUCUGACCCCGGUGUAGAGGGAGCGGCUGAAUCGCAGUCUGCGGUGUGUCUGUCCUUUUUCACGCGUUCCCCUGCAUCAUGGAGACUGAUCCACGGGCGCUGGGGUCCUGUGGCUUUUCAAAAAGACUUCAUCUUUCUCUGCAGACAACACUCUCACACACUCUAUUGGUGCUGAAUGCAUUAAAUGGGCAUUUCUGACGUCUCUGAAGUUUACAGACAGCCAUUUGUGAUGAGCUCAGGAGCUUCUCGAGUUGUGAGACAGAGGUACAGCUUCAGGGAAGGCCAGCGACUCCACAAGCUCUCAGCUGGAGACUAGAGACCAGCCUUGGCCUUGGCCCACAGACAGUCGCACACACAAUGCACACCUGCACACACACACACCCAGACAUGCCCACACACACACACACACACAGACAUGCCCACAC